ACACUUUUUACUAUCUGCCGGGCUACAGAGACAGCAGGAAAAUAUAUCCACACAUAAUGUCAAGUAUAUCAUGUAAUGGUAGGACACUGGCAGAUAAACACGGAGAAGAAGAAAGGAACAAGAAUUGAAGCCCGCCCAGAAGGGUUUGGCCAACUGACCUGGACGUGGCCAACAGCCCUGACCUCCAACACAGCCAUCCACCAUUCCAGCUGAUUGGGAGAUGUUUCCCUUCAAGGUGAGCAAAUGGAUGGGGCUGGCCUGCCUCCGUUCACUGGUACUGCCCUCACCCAGUAUCCGUCAGAAGAAAUUAAUACACAAGCUACAGGAGGAAAAGGCUUUUCGAGAAGAGAUGAAAAUUUUCCAUGAGAAAAUAGAAGACUUCAGGGAAGAGAUCUGGGAGUUCCGAGGCAAGAUCCGGGCUUUCCGGGGCCAGAUUCUGGGUUUUUGGGAAGAAGAGAGACCUUUCUGGGAAGAAGAGAAGAUCUUCUGGAAGGAAGAAAAAACCUUCUGGGAAAUGGAAAAAUCUUUCCGGGAAGAAGAGAAGACUUUCUGGAAAAAAUACAGAACUUUCUGGAAGGAGGACAAAGCAUUCUGGAGAGAGGACAAUGCUUUAUGGGAAAGAGACCGGAAUCUCCUUCAGGAGGACAAGGCCCUAUGGGAGGAGGAAAAAGCCUUGUGGGUAGAGGAAAGAGCCCUGCUUGCAGAAGAGAAGGCUCUGUGGGAAGAUAAGAAGUCCCUCUGGGAGGAAGAGAAUGCCCUCUGGGAGGAAGAGAAAGCCCUCUGGGUGGAAGGUGGUGGCUUCCAUCUCCUUGGGGAGCAGAGGCCCCAGAACGGUCCCUACAAUGUCAAUGAAGAGUCACAGUCAACCCCCUUCCCCCGAGGCCGUGCUUAGUGAACGCUGGACAGAGAGGGCCAUGGGUGCAGACAUCACUGGUUGGGAUUGAAGUCCAGGGUGACCCCCAUGUACUAGAAGAAAUAGACAUUAAUUUGUCUCUUUGCCAUGAAAGAGAUAAUAAAGUCUUGAAGAGGUUUGAAAAACAGCUCUUCAAGGAAGGUUGGCUUCAUUCUCCCUGCCAUGUCAUCUGAUUCUGUGAUUCUUGUACCUAAUCCUCCAGAUUGUCACUGGCCACUGGGGCUGGCAACAGAUAGUUUCUCAUUGUCCUUUGUGUAGGGGUUUGUAGGGUUGUAUAAAAUAGACUCAAUGUCAGACCCAGACAUACAGGGAGGAGCUGAGACAUCCUGCCUUUUCCACCCUGUGACGGUGACCACUUUGGCUAGUCUGGGAGGCCUGAGUUGGGCUUCUUCUAUAAGUCUGUCAAACUCCUGGAAGUAAGAGAAAGGGGCUUUAACAAUGGCCAGAGGCCCAAGAACAUUCUUUACAAGCACUAACCUUUUCUAAGAGUGGAGACAAAAGUAGACUGGUGGGAUGAUCCAGGAGUUAUGACAGUCUUGUCUCUGUAUCCUUGCACUCAAAUAGCUUUCACUGUAUGUGACUCUGGGUUUUCAGUUCCUUAGCCCUGUCCCACUGACUUGUGUAAGCUUUCCUACUACUCUGGGUUGACAGAGAAAUCACAGCAUCCAUUGAUGAGAGAACAGAGACCCCAGAAAGGCAAAGUGAUUACACGUGGCCAGGAAAAGAACAUAUAUACUCUGCCCUAGUAUCCAGAUCUUUCUCUAAUGCAACCUGGCUCAUGGGAGUUCUCUUCAGAGACCAUUUACCAUAAUAGGUAGUGAGUCUAGUAAGGGAGUCGGGUCACUGGAACUGUGUUCUUGAAGAGGACAGUGUUUAACACAGGCAUCAAAGCAACAGAACAAGCAGCCAUGGAUCAAGACCUCCAAAGCUGUAGGCUCAAAUAAACUUUCCAAUCUG